AUGAGUCAACCAAAAGACAUAUCCCACCAAAUAAAUUACCCUAAGUGGUUCGGGGGCUCUGCAUCAUGCAUGGCGGUUCUUGUUUCUCACCCGUUGGAUACGAUCAAAGUCAGAAUGCAGAUGGUGCCUGGUAAGGUAAAAGCCGGGACACUCACCACUUGCCUUCGAAUUGUUCGGGGAGAGGGCGUAUCGGCUCUUUAUCAUGGCCUUUCAGCAGGAUUCAUGAGACAAUUAACAUACGGCUCAGUCCGCAUCGGUCUCUACGAGACAUUGAAAGAAAAAGCAAAGGCAAACAACAUUCCCAAUUCCCCACCAGUUCUCGGCCUGCUGGCUGGUAUUUCCGGCUUUGUUGGAGCAAUCUUCGGCAACUCCUCAGAUAUAGGCAACAUCCGCAUGCAAAACGACGGUUCCCUGCCCCCUCAUCUUCGUCGCAAUUACCGGCACAUCUUUGAUGCCUGGGGACAGAUCAGGCGACAGGAAGGAUGGAGGGCCUUUGGGCAGGGACUGUGGCCUAAUGCCUUCCGCUGUGGCAUGAUGACCAGUUGCCAGCUCGCAUCUUAUGAUAGUUUCAGGGAUCUGAUCGUGAGAACCACCGGGGUUCGUGAUGAUCAUCCGGGAUUGCAUCUGUCCGCAUCGUUCAUGGCGGCUUUGGUUGCUACAACGCUGUGCAGUCCGAUCGAUGUUAUAAAGACUCAGUUGAUGGGGUCUUCCGGAAAGCUGAACAUUUUGCAGGUGGUUAGAGAUCUCACGAGGAGUGAGGGACCGAGGUGGGUGUUCCGGGGGUGGACACCUGGCUUUGUAAGGUUGGGACCGCAGACUAUGGCGACUUUGAUUCUUUUGGAGCAACACAAGAGGUUAUAUAGGGGAUACAAAGAGAAGAGGGAGAUGCAGAAGUUUGCCUUGUGA